AUGGCCGAAGCCCAACUACGAGACGAACGUGGUAAUCCUAUCCAACUCACCGAUCAGUACGGUAACCCCGUCAAGUUGACCGACGAGCACGGCAAUCCCGUCCACCUCACCGGUGUUGCCACCACCGUUCCUGCCGCCGGAUCCCACUACGGCUCUCAAGCCACCGGCACCGCAGGAACCCACAGCACCGGUUUUGGGGCACACGGUGUUGUAACGGGAACGAAUACCAGUGGAUUUGGCACGUACGGCACAGGGACAUACGGUGGGGGAGCAACCCGCGGAACAGGUAUCGGUGGCGGUACGACGGUGGGGGAUUUGAUGAGUGAUCACACAAAAAAUCAUCACACCGGAGAAAUUCGUCGCUCCAACAGCUCAAGCUCUAGCUCGUCAGAGGAUGAUGGGGAAGGCGGGAGGAGGAAGAAGAAGGGAUGGAAGGAGAAAAUAAAGGAGAAGCUGCCGGCAGGAGCAGCAGGAGGCACAGAAAGAGAAGAAGGUUUGAAUUAUCCUCAGAAUCACUCGCACGUGAAGACGACAACUACAAGUACUUAUACGACAACCAUGGCUACUGGUCAUGGCCAACUUCCAACUCCGACGACGACCACCGCUAGUGCUGGCGGAAAACACCACGACCCUGCUGGGCAUGACCACCAUGAGAAGAAGAGCAUUAUGGAGAAGAUCAAAGAGAAGUUGCCUGGCGCUCAUCACUGA